UGACGUCAUGCACGUCAUGUCUUCUCUGUUAGUCGGGUGAUUGAUUACAUUUUCAUUUUUAUGUUUUUUACUCUACUCAAGAAAUUAUAAAAGUUUAAUAUAUUUCUAAGUAUUUUAUCAAGUUAACUAGAUUUUGUUCAUAUUGACAUACCAACUCGACAUAAAACCCUAGCAACAAAACUUGAAGAACUUAAGUUUCGACUGAACUAAAGUUUCACAUUCUCAUUGAAAUAAUUUUAUCCAAAGUUUAUCUAAGGUUACUACUAUUUUACCUAGUGUUUUUAUUUGAUGUUUGUGAAUGUCAUAUAAUGAAAUAAUGGAAUCAAUAAGUGAAGAAUUAAAAUACGUCGUAGAAACAAGUUGCGGACCUGUGUGUGGGUAUGUCAACAAUAAGGAACAAAAAUCAUGUUACAAGUUUAAAGGUAUACCUUACGCCAAGCCACCUGUUGGACGUUUGCGUUUUCUGCCACCAUGCCCUAUUCAGCCUUGGAAAGAAAUAAUCGACUGUACAAAAGAUGCUCCUCUGCCACUGUGUUAUAGUUUUGAUUAUAAAUUAGUUGGUUCUGAAGACUGCCUUUAUAUUGAAGUAUCAACUCCAAACGUCAAGCCUGACAAGCCAUUACCUGUUAUGUUUUGGAUAGGAAGUUAUGCUUUUGCUUUUGUAAUAGAUGAUAUUUUGGAUCCAACAUUUAUCAAUGAAGAGAAUGUUGUAUUUGUUCGUUGUGGCUUUAGAUUGGGGCCAUUUGGAUUUCUAUCUAUCAGUGAUUUUAUGGCUCCUGGUAACAAUGGCUUAAAGGACAUUGUAAUGGCACUUACAUGGGUACAAAAGAAUAUAGCUCAAUUUGGAGGAGACCCAAAUAAUGUGACAAUAUUUGGAGGCAGUGGUGGAGGUGCCAUUGUACAUAUGAUGAUGCUGUCACCCAUGGCUUCCGGAUUAUUUCAUAAAGCCAUUAUACAAAGUGCCAGUGCCUUAAACAAUUGGUCUUUAGCUAAGAACCCACUACAACCUGUGAUAGAAUUAGCUGCAGAACUAAAUAUAACAAACACAUGUUAUACAGACAUAGUAGAACAAUUAAGAGAUUUACCAGCAGCAGAAAUUAUGAAAGCUUUCCAUGUUUUGGUAAAAAGAAAAUUUGAACAAAAUGAAACAGACUCUUUUGAUGCUGUUUUCAAGCCUUGCAUUGAACAAGACUUUGAAGGGCAGCCUGCAUUCCUCACUAAAAGCCCACCAGUAAUACUAAAAUCUGGGAAUUUCAAUAAAGUACCUCUCAUAAUAGGUAGCAACAAUAUUGAAGCAGCGGUGUUCCAGAUUUUAAAAAAUAACUUUUAUAAUGAUUUUGAAAAGUACAAUAAAAAUGUUCAUCUCAUUGUACCAAGGUCACUGGCUGGGGAAGCCAAAAUAUCGAAACAUGUGGGGCAGCAGCUAUUAAAAUUCUACUUAGAUGGUCAAGAAGAGUUGACAAAAAACACCAGAAGUCAAUUUUUACAACUGAUAAGUGAUUAUUACUUUCUAUAUUAUAUACACAAGACAGUCCAACUACAUAGUCAAUAUACACCAGAUUAUCCUAUUUAUUACUAUGUUUUAAACCAUGAUGGAAAAUGGGCUGUGACAAAAAACAUUGAUGAAGUUAAUUGUAUCAAUGCUCUCGGAAAUAGCUCUGAAGUUCCAUUUUUAUUUGGCUUUCGAUUACCAGGUGAAGAUAAACUCUGCAAAGGCAGUCGAGAUUCAGUUAAAACGAGAAAAAGAGUCGUAAAAAUGUGGACAAAUUUUGCAAUAUAUGGGAAUCCCACACCAGAUGAAGAUGACCCUCUGCUUCAAAUCAAAUGGGACCCUGUUGAGAAUAAAGACAAAUUGAACUAUCUCAGCAUUGGAACAGAGUUAACAAAAGGCAGGAACCCUUUUCAAGAGAGAAUGGAAUUUUGGGAAGAACUUCAUCAGGAACACAUGUUCUUAAGGGUACUUGUUUAUUUCAAUGAUUUAGGUGUUACUUUUUAAACACACAUUUUAUAUUAAGAUACAAAAAAGUACUUUGGUUACUCAGGGUCCUUUAUGUACUAGCAUUUUUGUAAGUCACUGACUAUACCAACCACAUUCGAGAUUCUGGGUGCAAGAUGAUGACACUCUGUGGAGCCCGUCACUAAUACAAAUUGCAUAGGGUGCUGCACCUCCUAAAAGAAUAAUCGCCCUUCCAGAGUACAAAUCAGUAAUAUUCUUCAUAUAUGUGCCAUUGUAUUCCAUGUUGCACUUGUAGCAUGUGAAAUGGGGAUUUUUAUUAACUAUAAAUUGUUCAAGGAACCUAUGCGGGGUAUUUGCUAUUAUUAUGAGUUUUAUGUAGGUAUAUUAGUUACUCCAUCCAUGGUAUGAGGUUACAAAGAAACCAUCUUAUUGUUUUAAACACAUUUAUUUGCGUUUGACAUCUCGGAGUCGCUCAUCCGAUCUCAGGCGUAAAACUAUGAAACAAAUGUUACAUAUCUAGAACAUGAAUUAAUUGAAGUACAUGUUUUAUUGUAUAGAAUAAAAACAAUUUCGUCGCAAAGUGUGGUGUACAGUUAUCCGUCUAUUACUUGUAUACAUAGAUAACAUGUUUUCAAAUAAAGCCAAGUCACCUGUGUGAGUGAUUGUUGUGAUUAUCUUGUAAUGGCAGCUAUUAAAAAGCAUUUAUUUUCGUAAAAACAUUCCAUAUAAAUUGUUCUGCUUUAAGAACCAAGUGAAUGAUGUAGUUAAAUCUGUUAACAAUCUGUACGUAGAAAAAUAGGUAUGUUGUAUAUUGUAAGAAUGUCACCAGAAAUGUAAACUUUAGUUAUCAAUGAAUUAAAAGUUGUUUUAAGUAGUUUAGCAUAUUUGUAAAAGAACUAACUAAGUAAUUCAAACUACUUGGUAGGCAAUAUAACUGGUACUGUUUUUGUUUUGAAAAUAUUUACAACUGUAAAGAUUGUUAUAAAUAAAUGUUGAAUUUUAA